ACGUCACGGUUUGUGACAUGUGUCAGACGUUUGUUUUAUAGCUUGUGUAUUGGUGUUAUUUAAAACUUUACAAACACAUAAUGGCGAAAAAAUCCACGUUAUUGAAACUCAUUAUGUGAUAUCGUCAAUUCGUAGUUAGUGUCUUCCUCGUUACGUCGAUAUGGAAUUUGCGGAACUUAUAGCAACACCAAAACUGGAUGGAGUUAUUUUACACUGUCCAUUCCACGAACCCAUCGAUGGGACAUUAUGUGUGACAGGUCACCACUUGAUUCUUUCAUCCCGGAAGGAAGACGUUCAGGAAUUGUGGCUUUUACAUCAAUGUAUUGACUCAAUUGAGAAAAAACAAAACAGCAACAAUUCGAAUCAAAACGGGGGUUCCCUAAUCCUCAAAUGUAAAGACUUCAGAAUUCUUCAAUUGGACAUUUCAAACAGUGACGAACUGUUAAAUGUUUACGCCUCAAUUGAUAGAUUAUCAAACUUAGAUAGGCCUGAAUCCCUUUAUCCGUUUUUUUAUCGCCCCAUGUACAACAUCCUUGAAGACGGCCACACGUUAUUCAAAUUAGAAAGCGAAUACGCGAAAUUGUUAGCCAGUGAAGAGUGGAGAAUUUCACAUAUCAAUAAAAAUUACACUGUGUGUCCCACAUACAGUGCCAGUGUAAUUGUACCAAAAUCAAUUGAUGAUGAUGUUAUUGUGGCCUCUGCGAGUUUUAGAGAUGGGGGGCGGUUCCCACUGUUAAGUUAUCGGCAUGAUAAUGGGGCGAUUUUGUUGCGUAGUAGUCAGCCGCUAUUAAACAAUAAUAACAGAAGGAGUAGAGCUGACGAGAAAAUUUUAAAUGUAAUUCUGGGUAGCGGAAAAAAAGGAUAUAUUAUUGAUACAAGGAGUACGAAUUAUGUCAGUCAUUGUAAAGGAAAAGGAGGCGGUACUGAACCUGACGCACACUACACACAGUGGAAAAGGGUGCAUAAACCGCUGGAUAAAAUUGCCAAAUGUGAUGGAUCUCUCAUAGAUAGUUUAGCUAAACUUCUAGACGCCUGUAAUGAUACAAAUUGCUCAUUCGACAAGUGGAUGUCCCGCCUUGAGAGCAGCAAUUGGCUGAGUUUUGUGCAGAACUCCCUAAACGCUGCUUGUCUCGUCGCCCAGUGUCUGGACCAAGACGGGGCUUCGGUCCUAGUCCAUGGCACAAGCGGUCUUGACUCAACUCUCCUCGUAACAUCCGUAGCUCAAGUGAUUCUAAACCCUGACUGUCGAACAGUUCGAGGCCUCCAAGCGCUAGUUGAACGCGAGUGGCUUCAAGCAGGCCACCCUUUCCACCUACGACACGCCAAAAGCUGCUACUCAAAUAACAGAACAAAGAGCCAGCAACCAACAUUCCUACUAUUUAUCGAUUGUAUUCACCAAUUGUAUUAUCAAUUUCCUUGCAGUUUUGAGUUCACAACCCAGAUGUUGGUUUUAUUAUUUGAACAUUCGUAUUUUAGCCAAUUUGGCACUUUUCUUGGUAAUAAUGAUGCAGAACGACAAGCGAUGAAGAUAGCAAAGAAAACCACAAGUUUGUGGUCGUAUUUGAAUAGACCUGAUGUCUUAACGUCGUUAUUGAAUCCAUUGUACGAACCAAAUAAAACAGCAAUUUGGCCGAGUGUUGCCCCAGUUAGUAUCGUUUUGUGGUCGGGUUUGUACCUCAGAUGGGUCAUAAAUCAAAGUGAUAACAAGAAGAGUUUAAUGAAAAUACAAAACCUCAUCGAUUAUGAUAAAAAUUUGAAGAGUAAAGCACUGAAACUAAGAAAGGAAUUGAUGGAUCUUCAGAAAGAGUACGAAAAAUUGCAACUUGACUUGGGAGAAAAUAAUCCCGAUUCAGAUUAGUUGAAUGGUGGAAUAUUAAACUGUCUAGUCACUAUUAAGUUAAAAACAAUUAUUGAAGUUGGGGAAGAAACAUUUCCAUGACGUGAUUCCAAUUUUUAAGGAAAUCUUUAUUUUAUUUAUGCUGUGUUCCCAGUGUUCACAUUUAUUUUCUUACAAUGUACAAAUAAAUAUUUAUGCACUUUU